AUGACAGAACCUGCGGAUAUGCUUACAUCCAACAGGGAUGAGAAAGAACAACCACACCCUCCCCCCGAUAUGCCAGCUUAUAAAGUUGAGUAUUAUUACGAUGCGAAUGGCAAGAAGAGAAAGAAGAUAAAGAAACUAAGAAAAAAGGAGAAGGAGCUAACUGAUGAAUAGCUAGAAGAGAUCAAAAGUGCAUUUGAUUUGUUUGAUAAGGAUGGCUCUGGAAAUAUUGAUAUCCAUGAGUUGAGAGACGCAAUGAAAGCUCUUGGAGUCUAUCUUACAAAAGAAAAAGUCAAAGCAGUGAUGAAAGCUAUGGACACUGACGGCUCUGGGACAGUUGAAUUUGAAGAAUUCAAGUAACUUAUGAAGGAAAAAAUAAAGGCUAGAAAUUCUGAGGAGGAACUCAAGAGAAGCUUUAGAAUCUACGACGAAGAUGAUACGGGUAAAAUUAGUUUUGAAGAUCUGAGGAGGGUAGCUAAUGAGCUACAUACUAAUCUAAGUGACGAUGAUAUAAGAGGAAUGAUAUUCGAAGCUGAUAGGGACAGAGAUGGAGAAGUGUCUUGUGAUGAGUUUCUCAGAAUUAUGAGAAAAGCUGGGCUUAUCUGA